AGAAGAAGAAGAAGAAGACAACGUCUCCCGCGUAUUUUGACUGUUGUUGUCGUCUUUUUCGCAUUAGAAGAAGUGAGAUUUUUUUAUACUGCAGGUUUGUUUUAUUAUUAUCAGAAGAUUUAAAAAGAUGGCAAGUCUCAGUCAGGAACUGAAGCGCUGGGCUGUUGAGGAACUUGAGUUGCCAGCAGCCAGACUGCCGGAUGACGGCUAUAUAAAGACGUUGUGUGUCGGUCCUGGAGCUUCCAUUUGGAAAUAUAUCACGCAACAUAUUUAUAAGGAAAGGAACGUUCGUGUGAUGAGGGGGAAUAUUCAGUGGUACAAAGUUUUACAAGAUAAAGAGCUUAAACAGUUGAAAAAUCAGAAUAAAGAUGCGAGAAGGCUUGAGCUUCAGAGAGAGAUUGAUGCCCUUCAGACUGAACUCAAUCAACUGGACACAAAGAUCAGUAGAGUGGAGGAUCAACUUGCUACCGAAGAAAGGAACGUGAACAGGAACUGGGAGGACUUUAUGGAAAGCAGGCACAGACAGAUCCUGUUAGAUUCGUUCAGGCAGCGCUGCUCUGAGGAGAGAAACGUACUGUUAGAGGACACACACGUGAUUGGCACUCAGCGGCAUGCCCUGGAAGAGCUGUCCAAGAAAGCAGAGGUGAAGCUGGUGUUUGGGCCGUCUGGCAGUUCAGACAGUGAAGCCGGAGCAAAUCCAUUGGUUUUAAAAGAUGUGAGAGAGCUCUGCAGCGAGAGGGUUCUCUUCUUCCAGGGCCUGCUACAGAGUGAACUAAACGUGAAUCAGUCCGCUGAAUUUACUCAUGAACAAAGGAAAGCAGUGAUCCAGCACUGGACGAGUGAAGUGGAGAAUGUUCUACGCUCUCAUCCUCCAAACCAAGUUCUUUCAGCUCUGCAAGCCUUGACCUCCAGACAGCAGGUGGCAUUAGAAGAGAAGAUUGCAGCUUUGAAUGUGGAGCGUGAUGUUUCGGAUCUAGGGUUUCGUUAUGAGAGCGAUCACCUAAUAGAUGUGUCGGCUGAGCAGAAAGAGGAGUUAACACCUGUCCGCAGUCUGUUACAGUCUGCUUGGGAGGAGGUGGAGCAGAGUUAUUUUGAACUGGCACAGACUCGCAACAGAUGUGGGCAGCUAGAGACCGAACUCACGGCUGUGAUGAGAAAAGCAGAGACGGCACACGGAUCAGACCCAGUGUCCAGGUGUGUGUUUGAGUUGGAGAUGGAGGGAGUAAAGCAGGCAGCAGUCAGAGACCGCAUUAGAGAGCAGUGUGCUCAGCUACAGCUGCAGGCCAGAGAGGGGCAGGAUGCCAUCAGAUCCCUGCAGACACAGUGGCAAAGUGUCAUGGACUUCAGACAACUUGUGGACAGAAGACAAGAGCAGAUACGGCGCCUGAUCAAAGGAAACUCCACUGUGAAGACAGAGUUAACCCGUGUCCAUGCAGAGGUUGGGCAGUUUGUUCAAGAAAAGCUCAAUCCUCAAUUUGGCAGUGUGAUUAAAGCCAGCAGUGAACUGCGCAACUCUGUGUCGCAAGGGGCCAAGCAUUUCAGCUGCGUAGCACUGGCUGCACUCAAUCGUAGGGCCAUGAAGGGCAGAGGGCAGAAAUUACCAGCAGCUCAGCUUUCCAUCCACCGGAUACAGUCCCCAGCUUUCCACAAAAUCUGUCAAAGUCUUUCAUUUCCCAUGUAUAUGGCUCCAGAAGAGUUGUGGUCUCAAGCUGUAGUUUUAAGGCUGGAGUUAAGACAUCUGCGCAGGCUUCUUCAGCUUUUCUCAGAGUCAUCAGCAGACCUGCAGAAGCUGACUGCACGGCUACCAUCGCCUGAUCAGCAGACUUUGGUACAGCGUGUGAAGAUGGUAGAUGAUGAGAUUCUGCAGACGUUGCUCCCACGGGCCCGUGAGCUCACACAGAGGUGCUCAAAAGGCCUGCUUUACACAGACCAAGUGAAGACUGCCAUCACACACUGGUGGGAGCAGCCUGGACAGUUUGCCCUUCCAGAGAUGCAAAGAGAGGGACUGACUUUCCAACAGUGGCUUCAACGAUGGAAACUGGCAACAAAGGAAUCCUAACUUAGUUUUGCAUUUGAGAGCAAAAUUUAUGUUGGAGAACGUUUUCUGUACAUAAUUUAUAUUUCACGUUCUUUCAAUUUACUCUUACUUUGCGUUCAAAAUAACCUGGGAUUUAAUAGGCUAACCUAGGAUUUCUUAGUUAUUAACUUUUCUGCAACAGAUUCAGUUUGUGUUUGAGGAUACAUCCUGUUCAAGAAAUAUUUUAUGCACCUUGUUCUGGAUUUCUCAAUAAAUAAUCUAACAAACUGGAA